UUCAGGUGCAAAUGGGUAGACUAAAGUAGCUGUAAUAACAUGGAACAUUUAAUAAGAGUAAAUAUUUAUUCAACUUUGAAGAUUAUAUUUAGAAAGAAGACUUUGACAAAACAAAAUGUUAACAUUUCUGACAUUAAAAUGGAGUCAUCAUAGAUUUCUAAAUAAAAAAAUUUCUCGAAUUUACAAAAACUAAUUCAAUUGAUACCAGGUAUAAGAAUUCAAAAAAUAUAAAAAACAAAAACAAACAAAAGAAAAACCAAAAAAUCAAUAUAGAAAAUUCGACAUGAAAUCGGUAUGAUAAAUAGAAAAAUUUAUUUGAUGAUGCUGGACCAUACAAGAUCACAACAGCUCUGGUUACGAGCAUCAAUAUGGAUAAUAAUUGUCUUAUAUCCAAUUGAAACGAAUAUGGAAAAUGUUUUUGUACAAACACUAUCAAAAGAAAAAUCAAAAUUUAAUGGUGAUUUACAUCAUGGAUCAUCAUCGUCAUCAUCGUCAUCAUCAUUUCAUGAAAAUAAUGUUGUUGUUGAAUGUCCAACAUUUGCACAAAAUUCUGUAUGUCCUUGUUAUAAAUUUGAGGAAGGACUUUUUCUUGAAUGUCCCGGAACAACAGCUAUGUCAUUACGUUCAACAUUACAGAUGAUAACGUCACCAAUACAAUCAUUAUCUAUAUAUGAUUUUGAUCGUUCAGUCACGUCCCUGUCACAAGAUGUCUUCCAGCCAGGUGUGAACAUAAAACAUUUACAAUUUUCUCAUUCACAUUUAGAAACGUUGAAAGAUAACAGCCUGAAAAAUAUACGUGCUUCCCUUGAAACUUUAAGUAUUGUAAAUGGAAAAUUGACACAGGUACCAAAAAAUGCCCUAUCUGGAAUGACAAUGUUAAUGGCAUUAGAUUUUGAUUCAAAUGAAAUAUCUGAAAUUGAGGAUUACAGUUUUUAUGGUUUACGUAUUGUAAAAUUAAAUAUGAAAGGUAAUCGAUUGGAAAUAAUACCAGAAAAUGCAUUUUCCGGUUUAGCAGAUACAAUGGGUGAAAUUGAUUUAUCAGAGAAUCGUUUAAAAUUAUUUCCAAUGUCAGCAUUAAAACGUUUAGAUCAUUUAAGAAUGUUACGUUUAUCAUUUAAUCAAAUAUCAAAAAUAUAUUCAGAUUCAAUAAUAAUUGAUGGUACACUAACAAAUGCUAGAUUACAUUCUUUAAUAUUAUUAGAUUUAAGUUCAAAUCGUUUUGAAGAAAUAAUUGAUGAUGGUUUUCGUUCAUUUCCGCAAUUAAAAACUUUAUCAUUAUAUUCAAAUCAAAUUGAAAAUGUUCAUAAAAAUUCAUUUCGUUCAUUAAAAGAAUUAAUGUCAUUGGAUAUGAGCCGUAAUCGUAUUAUAUAUUUAGAUUCAAAAAUAUUUGAAAAUAAUAAACGUUUACAAACAGUUGAUUUAAGUUAUAAUCAUAUACAUUCAAUAAGUGGUGUAUUUUCAAAUUUACCACAAUUAAGAGAAAUAUUUUUAUCCGAAAAUAAUAUAUUAGAAUUACCAAGUGAUGCCUUUACAAAUUCAACAAAUAUCGAUGUAAUUUAUUUAGAAUCAAAUGCAAUAAGAUAUAUUGAUCCAAUGGUAUUUAAUACAUUAGGUAAUUUAGAACAAUUAUAUUUACGUUCAAAUUUUAUACCACAAAUACCAGUUACAUUAUUGGAUAAAACAUUACAUUUAACAUCAUUAUCAUUAGAUGAUAAUAGAAUACAAAAUUUAGAAGUUGGUAUGUUUCGUAAAUUGGAAUAUUUAAGAGAAGUACGUUUACAUAAUAAUAAAAUAAGAAAAAUAUCACAACGUGUUUUUCAUCCAUUACCAUCAUUACAAGAAUUACAUUUACAAAAGAAUUUAAUUGAAGAAAUUGAAAUGAAUGCAUUUUCAAGUUUAAUUAAUUUACAACAUAUUAAUUUACAAAAUAAUCAAUUAACAUUUAUUGGUGAUAUAUUCCCAAAUAAUAAAACAACAACAGUAACAUCGAAUAACAACAAUAAUAAUAAUUUAAAAUAUGGUAAUUCAAAUUAUUAUCAAAGUUCAUCAUCAAUAAGCGGAUUAACAUCGUCAUCGUCGUCGUUAUUAUCGUCAUCAUCAUCAUCGUCGUUAUUAUCGGCAUCAGCGUCGUCAUCGUCAUCAUCAUAUUUAUUAUCAAUACAAUUAAAUAUGAAUUUAAUAACUGGUAUACAUGAGAGAGCAUUCAUAAAUCAAGAGAAUAUACAAAUAAUGUGGUUAAGUGAAAAUCGUUUACAAAAAAUCGAUAAAUAUCUAUUUAGAGAUGUAAAAAAUUUAGAAAGAGUUUAUUUAUCAAAUAAUUUAAUAAAAUUUAUUGAAAAUGAUGCAUUCCAAAUUAUUAAAGAAUUAAAAUUUCUUGAUAUGAGCGGUAAUCGUUUAAGAACAAUACGACGUGAUUAUUUUUCAGCACUUAAAGAAUUGGAAGAAUUAAAUUUAUCAUAUAAUUAUAUUGAAACAAUUGAUGGAUAUUCAUUUAGAAAUUUAAAAAAAUUAAAAAUUUUAGAUUUAUCAAGUAAUCCAUUAAUACAAAUAAAAGAGCAAAUGUUCCAAAAUGAUUUAUUUAUAACAAGUUUAAAUUUAAGAAAUUGUUCAUUAAGAAAAAUUGAUGUUAAUAGUUUUCAAGGAUUAACAAAUUUAAAUGAAAUUAAUUUUGAAGAUAAUUAUUUAAGUAGUGCUGAUAUACAUAAAUUAGAUGUACCAUCAUUAAGAAAUUUAAAAUUAUCAAAUAAUAAUUUUAGUCAUAUUGGUGUUGGUGGUGGUAGUAGUAUUACAAAUACAAAUAAUAAUAAUAAUAAUAAUGGUGGAAUUAUUAAUGGAAUUGGUAAUAAUAAUAAUAAUGGUAAUGGUGGUGGUGGUGGUAUAAUAUCCGGUAUGUUUGAUAAAUUACGUUCCUUACAACAAUUAACAUUAGCAAAUUGUAGUUUAAAACAGAUACCAGAACAAUUAUUCACAAAAAAUACAAAUUUAGUUAAAUUAGAUUUAAGUGACAAUCAAAUACGUUCAAUUAAUCGUAAUGUAUUUAAUAAUUUAAAUGUUUUUAAAGAAUUACGUAUUGAUCGUAAUCAAUUAAAUGAAUAUCCUCAUAUAGCAUUAUAUAAUUUAACAACAUUAGAAAUUUUAACAUUAUCACAAAAUUAUUUAACAAAUAUUGAUUUUUUUAAAUUAAGUGGUACACCAAAUAUACGUUAUUUGGAUAUUAAAGAUAAUACAAUAACAUCAUUACAAGGUUUUAAUGCAAUUAAUUUAACACAACUAGAUUUUAUUGAUUUAAGUGGUAAUUUAUUAUUAUCAUUACCAGCAAAUUUUUUACGUCAUUCAAUUAAUUUACAACGUAUUGAUUUAUCAAGUAAUCGUUUUUUACAAAUACCAAGUUCAGCAUUAUCUGAUACAUCAUUACCACGUUUAUCAUGGUUAAAUUUAACUGGUAAUCCAAUUAAUAAAAUUUAUACAGUUAAAGAAGAAAAAUAUCCAUAUUUAAAAGAAUUAUAUAUAUGCCAAACAAAUUUAACAAUAUUAACAAGUAAAGAUUUUGAAGCAUUUCAACAAUUACAACAUUUACAUUUAAUGCAAAAUCGUAUUGUUAGAAUAUCACCUGGUGCAUUUAAUACAUUAUCAAAUUUAUUAACAUUAGAUUUGAGUAUAAAUGAAUUAGAAUUGAUACCAAAAGAAAGAUUACAAGGAUUAAAAUUAUUACGUUUAUUAAAUAUAUCACAUAAUAGUUUAAAAGAUUUAGAAGAAUUUAGUCCUGAUUUAAAAGAAUUACAAACAUUUGAUUUAUCAUAUAAUCAAUUAACAAGAAUAUCAAAAAAUAUAUUUCGUAAUUUAAAAAAUUUAAAUGAAUUAAUAUUAAUGGGUAAUCGUAUAACAAUGGUAUCACCGGAUGCAUUCAAAUUUUUAAGAAAAUUACACUUUUUAGAUUUACGUAAAAAUUAUUUUGAACUCCUGCCAUUACAAGCCAUUAAACCAUUAGAAACAAAUUUAAGGAAAUUAAGAAUGGAAGAGAAUCCUCUUCAAUGUACUUGUGAUUCACAAGAACUUUGGGAAUGGUUAAGGGAUCAUCAAAAAUGGACCACUGAGGACAAUGUACAUUAUUUAAGGUGUGAACAACCAGGUGAACUACGUGGUAGAAUAUUUUUAAAAAUGGAACCUCAACAAUUUUGUGAUGCACCAUUAAUACUUAAAUUGGCAAUACAGGAUAUUCAACCUUAUUCAGUUGUUGUAUCAUGGCAAAGUCGUGAACAUUCUGGUCUUAAUGGUUAUGAAAUUAUAUAUCAUGCUUUAGAUGGCGUUGAUGAGGUUCGUGGUAAAACAUUGAGUGGUACAGCAAAUUCAGCAAAAUUACAUAAAUUAUUAUCAAAUACAAGAUAUUUAAUAUGUGUCCUUGGUACUGGAAAUUGGUUAACACCAAAAAUAUCAACAAUAUUAAAUCGUAUUCAUUAUAAUGAAUCAUUUAUGGUUGGUAUUGAGAAUAAUGAUGAUAUUUUUAACAAUAAUGUUAACAAUAAUAGUAAUAAUAACAAUAAUAACAUUAGUAAUAUUAAUAAUAACAAUAAUAAUAAUAUAUUACCAGAAGAAUUACAAGAAUUACUUAAAGAUUCAGCAACAUCAAAAUGUACUGAAGUACGUACACUUGAAGCAACACCAAAUUUAAUAACAGAUGAAAAUGCAUUAUCAAGUCAAGGUAUUAUACAUUCAAUAUUAACACGUAGAUUAGGUUUAAUUGUUGGAUGUUGCCUUGGUAUUAUUGUAUUUAUUGUAUUAAUAUCUGUACUUAGUUAUAUUAAAUUAAAGAAACAACGAUUAGAAAAUUCAAAACGACAAAAUGCCGUACCAAAUGAAUAUAUAACAUAUAGACAUUUUUCAAUACCAAAUGAAGAAAUAAAUCGUAAUACAAUACCAAGUGGUGUACCUGGUGGUAUUGGUGCACAUAUAAGUGCAACGUCAGCAGCAACAUCAGCUGCAAAUAGUGGUCCGUGCAGUACAAGUAAUACUGCAUCAACAUUAAUGGGUAAUGAUGGUUCUAAUCACAAUCAUCAUCAGCACCAUCAACAUCAGCAUCAACAACAACAGCAACAACAGCAUCAACAGCAUCUACAACAACAACAACAACAGCAUCAACAUCAUAUUAAUAAUAAUAAUCAUACAACUUAUAUGACUGGUGUUGUAUUAGGAACAAAUUUAAAUGCUUGUUAAUUGAUAUUUAAAAAUAUUAUUAUAUUAUUACAAAUUAUAUGAAAAUAUUAAUUUAUUCAUAUACAUACAUAUAUAAUGGUAUAUAAUGUGACUACAUAAAAUAUUUCUAUAGUGUAUAAUGUAAUUUUAA